CCCACAGCAUCCACGCACCGGAACACACGGAAGAAUGAUAGCACUCUCUGACUAAUUGUUGCUUGAUACGGAGAUCUCUCCCCUUCUCCUGCAUCCACCUCCCCUGCAGCCCCCCCCUCCCGGUGCCAUCGUUGGAACCGAAGCGUGCAUGCAUGGGCUCGUCUGAGCUCACAGCACAUUGGAGCCACUGCGUCCCUCUUCCUUUUCUGCGCAUGGAUUCAAAAGGACCUUUUUUUUUUUGCAGCCCUGAUAAUAAUUUCUUAAAAGAACCAGAAGAAGCAGGGAUAAGGGGGGGAAGGCUGAUGUGCCGCUGAGGGGCUGGGAAGCGUGCUGGUCACCUGGAGUGUUUCCACUGACACGCAGCUGCACCAACUUAUCAACACUGUUGCAUGUCGCUGGCAAGCCGGGGAUUUAUAGCAAGUCCCGACAGCAGAACAAAGUUGUCCAUCACGCAAAGAUGCAAGCUGAAUCUCAAUGAUGUUCCGGACUUCUUCAUCACAAUGACAUUUGGCUGAAACCUUUCUGGGCCGACACUCUUUUUGCAUGAUCUGCAGCAGGUGACAACCUCAGCCCAACUAGACUCUUGCCUGUUUUUCUUUAAAAAAAAGACUCGGUUCAGUUCUGGGAGAUGGCUGCGAUCGCCAGCUCUCUGAUCCGCCAGAAACGGCAGGCGAGGGAAUCAAACAGCGACCGCGUGUCCACGUCGAAGCGUCGGCCCAGCCCCAGCAAGGACCCCCGCUCGCUUUGCGAGAGGCAUUUUUUGGGGGUCUUCAGCAAAGUGCGCUUCUGCAGCGGCAAGAAAAGACCCGUGCGCCGGCGACCAGACGCACCUUCGAAACCUCCACAGGUGUCCCAUAAGGGCUGCAGGCUAGAGCCACAGCUGAAAGGCAUCGUGACACGACUGUUCAGCCAGCAGGGCUUCUACCUGCAGAUGCAGCCGGACGGAACCAUCGAUGGCAGCAAGGACGAGAACAGCGACAACACCCUGUUUAAUCUUAUUCCUGUGGGUCUGAGAGUGGUGGCCAUCCAAGGAGUGAAGAGUGGCUUCUACAUCGGCAUGAACGGCGAGGGCAUGCUCUACAGCUCGGAAAUGUUCACGCCCGAGUGCAAGUUCAAGGAGUCGGUUUUCGAGAACUACUACGUGAUCUACUCGUCCACUGUGUACCGGCAGCAGGAGUCGGGCCGAGCCUGGUUCCUGGGCCUCACCAAGGAGGGCCAAGUCAUGAAAGGCAACCGGGUCAAGAAGACCAAGCCCUCGUCACACUUUGUACCCAGGCCCAUUGAAGUUUGUAUGUACCGUGAGCCGUCGCUGCACGAGAUCGAGGACAAGCACCGCUCCAGGAAGAGCUCAGGGACGCCCACCAUGAACGGAGGUAAAGCCGUCCAGCAGGACUCCACAUAGCAGCGGAAGGGAGGGGCGUGGCCUGACACUCACUUCCUGCCCCCUCAGAAGUUCGCUUCCUCUCAGAAAUAGAGGCGUCGUCGUGACGACCGAGGAGCUACUAUGGUACACUUGAGACAAAACAAUCUUGCCUGUGAAAACUUUUAGGAGAAAUAAUAUGAAAGCAGAGAAAAUAUAUAUCUAUAUCAACAUUUUCAAUCAGGACUUGACUAAUAUUUUAUGCAAAAAAGAGAAAAAGCUGUGACACAAGGGAAUGGAGCUUGUCUGUCUUCACACAAAUAAUUGUCAUUUCCAUUUGAUGCUGUGAAAACAAAGCUUUAAUACGUGUUGAUAUGUGGAUUAUUUUGAACAUGUUAUGUUUGCAGCUAAUAACGCACGCCAUCGUGCUGUCAAACUAACCAUCGUGUCUUUUUUCUGCGUGGGACUAAAUGACAGGUUUGGUUAUUUUUUAGUUUCCUCAUGGAUCCCACAGGAAUGUACUUGGCUAGUGGGAGAGCUUCAAAUGGAUCUUCUCAGGUGUGUGCUGUUAGUGACAGGAUGAGGCCGGCGUCAGAAGCAAUAUGAUAACCUGGUAUGUCUUAAGCUUGUAUUACUAGCAGGUUUCCAACAUGAAUGAAGUAUUCAAUACGCUGCUAAGGUGAGAGUUGAAUGUCCAGGCAAGGAACCAACAUGCAGAAUAUACUUCCAUUAGGUAAGAAAAAUGUGAUUUUAUUGUUCAAAAACACUUUCCUGGCCUUGUGACCAAUGAACUGUGGCGGUGAACUUGUUUUGGCAGAGAGUGAACUGGUGUAACAAUGCAGAACACGUCAUGAAAUACUGUAUGUAGUGAUGGGCCAGCCAGCAUUUUGCCAUUCUCCAAGAAAACUGCCCCAUGCUUGCGAUGUUUUAGGCACGAAAAGGACAAAAGGGAACAGAUGGAGUGGGAAGAACACCCGAGUUUGCAGCGAUCACUUCCUUAAAGGUGUGUUUAAAGUACGGUUAGUAUUUCCCAUUUAAGUGAGAUUAUUUGUAUUUUAUCUUGUUUCAGAGUUCUUCAAACGCUUUUUUGCUACAAGUGUUUCUUAAAGCAAAUGUCAGCAAAACCUAAAAGAGUUAAGUUGUUACCAAAUCAUAAAUGAAUCUGUCAGCACAAUGGCAACAUUGAGAUUUAUACUUAUGUUUUGAUAAAGACGUGGGAAAACUUGUAAACGGCGCGUGCAACAACAACAACAAACAUGGCAGUAGACGCCAAGUUAAAUCAGGAAUGACCUCAGUCUUGAUACCAAUUUCCUUGACUCAGACCUCCAUGCUUUUCCAAGUUUUUAUCGGUUUUGUUGUGAAGUCUGGAGCACCAGUUAGUUCGACAUGUCUGGGAACGCGCCCAACAGAAAAUCCUUGAGAUCACUUGACAAACCUUUUGUUGGUUCCAUUGCGUAGUUAGAUUUUCUUUGCUUGUAUUUGCUGUUAGUGGUAAGAUCUAGUCCCCUUGCGUAUUCAAAUUGUUUGCACUCUGUUGGCUGCACACUAGCCAUGUUGGUUUGUUGGCCCACCACUUUGUUUACUUCCAAAGUCACGUGACCGAAUACAAUCUAUUCCCAAAACUCCAAUGAGGUGGUCUAAGUCAAGAAGGGUAUUCCAUCCUUUAAAGCAGCAGAUGUAAAGAUGUGUCCAGUAGCCAUCACACAACGAUGGCUCUUCUGGGUGGAGUCAAAGUCAGACUCGUUGGUAGUGGAGCAUGAUCGACGCAUGGCUAGGGUGUUGUUGUGCAGUGUAGAGCCCAUCUCUCAAGAAUUUAGUAGGAUUUUAUGCAAAGGAUUUAUAUAUUUUGAUGAAAAUUAUAGCAGGGACACACUGAUAAGGAAAAAAGCUCACAUUACCAAAUGAAAAAGUGUUAAUGAAUAAUGUUCACAUUUAAAGGGAACUGAAAUUUUCCCCAAUCGUUCGCAAUCCUUAUGAGAAACAAAACAUGUUUUUUUUUGCAUUCUAAUUUAUAAUGAUCAUCUCCUUCUAGAUGGCAUCAAUCCAUUCUGCCUCUAAAUCACUUUAAUACAAAAAACAUUAGGGAUGUCCGAUAAUGGCUUUUUGCCGAUAUCCGAUAUUCCGAUAUUGACCAAACCCUUAAUUACCGAUACCGAUAUCAACCGAUACCGAUAUCAACCGAUACCAAUAUAUACAGUCGUGGAAUUAACACAUUAUUAUGCCUAAUUUGGACAACCAGGUAUGGUGAAGAUAAGGUCCUUUUUAAAAAAGUAAAUAUAAAUAAAAUAAGAUAAAUUAAUUAAAAACAUUUUCUUGAAUAAAAAAGAAAGUAAAACAAUAUAAAAACAGUUACAUAGAAACUAGUAAUUAAUGAAAAUGAGUCAAAUUAACUGUUAAAGGUUAGUACUAUUAGUGGACCAGCAGCACGCACAAUCAUGUGUGCUUACGGACUGUAUCCCUUGCAGACUGUAUUGAUAUAUAUUGAUAUAUAAUGUAGGAACCAGAAUAUUAAUAACAGAAAGAAACAACCCUUUUUUGUGAAUGAGUGUGAAUGGGGGAGGGAGUUUUUUUGGGUUGGUGUACUAAUUGUAAGUAUAUCUUGUGUUUUUUAUGUUGAUUUAAUUAAAUUAAAAAAAACAUACCGAUAAUUAAAAAAAACAUACCGAUAAUUUCCGAUAUUGUAUUCUAAAGCAUUUAUCGGCAUCGACAUCUCUAAAAAACAUCAAUAAUACUUACUUGAUGUUGUGUAACCUGCAUAAUGUUAACUAGAUGCACUAUGGACUGGACUCUUACACUAUGAUCUAGAUCCACUCGACGUCCAUUGCAUUGGUCGCCCAGGGGGCGGGGUGGUCCCCACAUCUGUGGUGCCCUCCAAGGUUUCUCAUUGUCAUCCCAUUGGGUUGAGUUUUUUCUUGCCCUGAUGUGGGAUCUGAGCCGAGGAUGUUGUUAUGGCUUGUGCAGCCCUUUGAGACACUCGUGAUUUAGGGCUAUAUAAAUAAUCUUUGAUUGAUUGAUUGAUUGAUAAUAACCAGGCUGUAGAGACAUUGUUAUUGUAAGAGAGAACACCAAGGAACUAUUUUUCACAUCACCGUGCUACAAUAUUAGCCGUAAGCUAGCUUGUGCGUCAGCAGCUGAAUGGCAUUUGACCCUGUAAUGCACAACACAACGCGACAUCGUUCUCAUAACAUCACAACUUUAUUACCUUUUUUUGCAACUAUUCUCAAAAUAUCACAACUUUUUUUUUUCUAACUUUAUUGUUUUUACUUUACAACUGCAAUCUCGUAACAUUACGACUUUAUCCUCAUAACACUACAAUUCAGUUUCACUCAUGAGACUCCAUUCUCGUAACAUUAUGACUUCAUUCUGGCAAUAUUUACAUUUUGACCUUGUAAUACUCUGAUUUUAUUGGGCUCACAUUAGGAUAUUCAUAAUGACUAACAAUAAGUUCUUGUAGUAACAUUAUGACUUCAAUAUAUGCUUAAUACUGAGACUUUAUUCUGCCAACAUUUGGACUAAACUGACAUUUUUGUUAUGCACUGAGAAUAAUUUGUAUUGUUCAAACUUUAAUCUGGUAACACCUUAAUAUUUGAACAUUAGGUUUAUUUUCAUUACAGCUUUAUUCGGAUAAGACUGUAGUUUGACAACAUUACGUUACGACUUUCACUGAGUAACAUUAUGUUUCUAUUCUGCUAGUUUGGUGGGUAGUAAAGAUAUUUCUAUUAUUCGCAAAGUAUUCAACAUUUUUAUUGUAAUGUCGUAAUUUUACCACUUUAAUCUCGUAAUGCUAAUAUGAAGACAUUUUUUUCUCUUCACUAUAAAUAGCCCAACCUUCCCCUUAGAAAAAUACAACUUUAUCCUUCUAACUUUAGAAUUCCUUUCUUCUUGUCCGUUUUAAUCUAAUAAAAUAUAAUUGCUGGAUUCUAUUAUUUUCUAAUUGACUUUAUUCUCCAAACAAAGGGAUUCAGAUUUCUCUCAUAAAUUGAGGAUUUUUUUUUCUUUCAGUGUGGACCCACUACUGCUUUGUAAAGCAAUCCUGUUAUGACACUUACAGUAGUUAAGGGAUUAUUAUAUAUCUCGCGUGAGAGGAAGUGGGGGUUAGCUCAUUUUGCAAUGCAGUCUCUCUUUGGUCAUAUUUGGAAUUGCCAUAAAAACACAUUAUAAGAAGUGGCUCGUGCAACCCUCCAUUUGUCACGUUUCAUGUGUCAGGUGAACGGUGAUGAAUGAAUCCCCUUUCUACUGUACUUAGCUGGAAUUGAGUCUAUGAGUUUCCUACUCAGUUCUUGUGAGAAGACAUUGUAAGCAGCACAGUGGGCGACAUGUGUAGGAAGGUUCAUGUUGACUCCACUUCCACAGUAACCUGGAGCGUAUAGUACAUGCACAUUGUAUUCAAUGUGGUAAAGCAAUAUACUAUCUUUUCUACAGAGGUUUCUAUUGGUGCAGAGUCAAAGUGUUGCAUGUUAAUUGGAUUACUCAACAGUUGACAGCAGGGUGAAAAAAAAUAUAAUUUUACAAGGAUUUGUUUGAAAAAGGCUUAUAUUGUAGGUAGUAUGAAUGGGUUAUUUUUAUGUUCCACACCCAUAUAUGCACUAUGAAUUGUGAGAUGACAAAAAAUAUGCAUUGAUAAAAAAAAACAUCUGAAUGAAGUUAGUGAUUGUUUAAGAAUAAAAAUGAGCAAAAAGCACCGUUUGAGUGAUUUGUUGUGAAUGAUGACGGUGGGUUUAUGUGUCAGUCUGCUGACCAAGCACAUCCAUCAGCGUUAAGGAGGCUCACAUUGACCAAAUCCACUCCCUAUCAAUUCAACCCCUGAAGUGAUUUACAGUCUCGCUUAAAUACGUGGCGUCAUUUUGGGACGGCGCGCCUUUGCCCUUAAUUCUCCCGUUGUCAUGGAAACAGACCUUCCGAGGAGGAGGAGGCUGACUUUCAGGACGUGUCUUCCCUCCUGCACAAUGGCUGCAUGCAGAGGACGCCACUUUGUCCUCUGGGAGUCAUGUUUGCAAGUGACUUUGUUCAAAAAGAUGUUUUUUGCUUUCAUUGUCAGCACUUUCUGAAGGAAAUUGUUUGGCAUUGGAGCUCAGCAAAUAAAUAACGCGUGCACAGCUCUUAGACUUAGACUUUCUUUUUAUUGUCAUUCAAAUUUGAACUUUACAGCACAGAUAAGAACAAAAUUUCGUUACAUAAGCUCAUGGUAGUGCAGGAUAAAAAAGCAAUUAGGUGCAUAUAUAAAUAAAUAAAUAUACAUAAAUAAUAUAUAUAUAGAAUAAAUAAAUAUAUAAAUAAAAAAAUAGAUUACUGUACAGAUAAAUAUAUUGCACUUUUUCACAUGCGUCCACGUUUAUGGAUGUAUGUUAUAUUGUCUUUUUUAUUCCAGCGAGUUCAUCCAUUUUGGAGGGAGUUGAGGGGAUAAUUUAAUUAUGAUGAGUUCAAGAGUCUUACGGUCUGAGGGAAGAAGCUGUUACAGAACCUGGAGGUUCUGCUUCGGAGGCUGCGGAACCUCUUUCUAGAGUCCAGCAGCGAAAACAGUCCUUGGUGGGGGUGGGAGGAGUCUUUGCAGAUUCUCUGAGCCCUGGUCAGGCAGCGGCUUUUUGCGAUCUCCUGGAUAGGAGGAAGAGGAGUCCUGAUGAUCUUCAACAAGUAGUGAACAAGGUGUGAUCACAAUGCAGUCUUUUGUCUCACGCCUCGGUCUGUCCUGCACUCCUGGGACCUAAACCCCUUUUCUCGUUCAAUUCAUUAAAAAAAUAAUUGGCCUCUGCUCAAUUCAAGCUAACUGGGGCUUCUUUGAUGUGUGCAUUUAGUUGGCGGGAAUACAUUUGUUGACUUCCAGAUAUGGGCCAGCUGCAUGAGAGUAAUGUGAGGACGUACUAUAUUUAUUUGAUUUGAUGCACGUGAGCACCCCGCUAGGAAUACAGCAAGCAAACACAUCCUUCCAGAGGGAGCUGUUGUGCACCCACUCAUCCGUCCGCCCACCUCCACACGUGUAUUUGUCCUCGCCAGCACGCACUAUGAAUUAUCACGUGUGCAUUUAGGAAGAGUAUUUACCUUCUACUUGUUAGUGCAUAAUGCAGGCUGGCCAGUGCAAUAGAAGGUGUUAAGAUUAUCUAUGAGUUAGGGUUGUAUUUUGGUACCGGUACCAAAAUGUAUUU